CCUAGCUUAUUUGGAUCUACAAUUAGCUCGACAUCUCAGCUAGCUAUUCUUCCUGUGGUCAGUGGUCCUCGGUACUGAUUGGUCCAGCUAGUUCAUCAGCACCGCCCUCGUGACGUCGGUAGCCAAACACGGUUAAAGGCGGCGAAUCUUUCUCUGUAACACCUACAUGUUAUUUGGCGCAGGAUCAGUAUGCACAAUGUGCGAACACCGGCUGGUCUCGGUAGACGACAUCGUGACCAGUAGAAUGCACCUUAGGGACAGGGAAGCUCUUUCCAGAAGGGGCAAAUGUUGUAGGAUCUUUAGCAUUCUCCUGCUAGCGGCAGUCCCGAUUGUGGGUAUGCUGGUCCAGAGUAGUCUCAUUGUGCACGACACGAUGAGAGAGAAGGAUUCGGCUGAGGCCGUGUCUGGAGAAAUCUCCCUGGGCACGGAGAUGGGGCUGGUCGCUGUGAGCUUGGCGGUAGAGAGAGGGACGACGGUUCUGUAUGUUGGGUCCGGAAGCGACCCCCUAGUCUACAAUCGCCUGACGCAGAUGUACAAAAUGACAGAUGAAGCGAUUGAAGCUCUCACCAAAUGGUCCAGCGUGCCAAAUGAUUCACCUUGGCAAUUCCGGAGUGGAACGAACCUGCAUAAAUACGUCAGGGAGCACCGCCAAGAACUCCUCAGCAAUCAGACAUCUGUAGAGGAGCAAAUCCAAUUCUACACAACCAUCAACGCCUUCCUGAUUUCCCAUCUGGGACAGACGGUCCGUAAAGCUGACAAGUCUGAUCUAUGGAUGAAAGUCAUCGCAUAUCACAUGAUCAUCCUCAGCCAAGAGUAUGCCGGGCUUGAGAGAGCUAUAGGAAGUAUCUUCUUUGCUAAAGGUCACCUGCUAAAAGAGGAAGCCAACAUGUACAACAAGGUGAAGUUCUACGCGAUGUCCUAUUUCGAGAUGGCUCUGAAGUACUCAACUGAAAUCGCCGACAUGUUUGACGGCCAGUACAGAAACAGUACCCUGGAGAAGACGCUCACGACACAACGCCAACAGAUUCAGAGCGGUGAUGCGGUGGCAAGUCCGACAACGGAGGCCGGGGUCCAAUGGUUCGACAACAUGACAAGCUACAUCGGCAUUCUUCAGAGCAUGGAAGGAAUGCUCUCAGAGAACAUUCUAACAGAUCUCCAGACCCAAGUUCAAGCUGGUAGUACCAAAGUCACCCUGAACGUCGUCAUCCUGAUCGCGAUGAUGAUAGUGAGCCCCCCGAUAGUGUACGGCGUGUACAAGAUGGCGUCUGACAUGCAGUCCAUCGCCUGCCGACUGAAGGAUCUCACACACGAGCUGGAAUGUGAUCGAGAAAAGGCCGAAAUUCUCCUGGGUCAGAUCUUUCCGAAGUGCAUUGCCAACCAAAUGAAGGAAAACAACGCCGUUCCCGCCAAAUACUUCAAAACGGUAACAGUGAUGUUCUCGUCCAUCGUGGGUUUUGCUGACAUCUCCGCCAUGAUGUCCCCUCAUCAGGUAGUGGACGUGCUGAACCGCUUGUACCACACCUUCGACUCUGUCAUCGACGACUAUGACGUCACCAAGGUGGAGAGCUCAGGCGGGGUGUAUCAGGUUGUGUCUGGGCUACCCUCGGCCAAUGGUGACCGGCACGCCGGCGAGAUCGCCUCCCUGGCCCUCCGCUUCAUGGCGGUGGCCAAGAACUUCAACCCGCUGCUCGUCUCCUGCAAGAUACGACUCCGCAUCGGGAUCCACACAGGGCCAUGUGUUGCGGGAGUGGUGGGAUACAACCGACCCCGGUACUACGUCUUCGGCCACACAGUCAACAUUGCACAAAAGCUGGAGUCUACCAGCGAAGCGAAUAGGAUUCAAGUCUCCUGCCAUACCAUGCGCACUCUGACGUCACAGGGAGGCUUUACCGUCAUCCCUCGGACUGACACGCCUAUGGCAAUCAAGGACUUGAUGCCAGACAACUACAGGCGGACCUUCUGGUUGAUCAGUCAGCAGCAGCCCAGUCCGCCUGCUCAAGAAAAAAAGGACAUUUUUGUUGUGCCGUGCAAGGAAACACCAGGAAACGGUGUGGUGGCAUUUCAGGAUAACUUUAAGGGUAUUGUGUAA